AUGGCUGACGAGUCUAGUAGUAUCUACAACCUAAUUGAAGAGCUUGGCUUUACUCCAAGCGAGCACCAAUUCUUGCUUCGUCUUUUCGGCUCAUCCGACCCAUUUGCGGGUGUGGACCUAGAGGCCAAUCACAGCGAAAAUCAAUCUGGCCAGCUCAGCUCCACCAGUAUUGCUCACAGGCUCGCAUCUGCUAGGCUUAGGCAAGAUAUUCCUCCGUUUACUGGUGAACGUGCCAGUCAGUUGCGUCUACGAUCCAUCCACCGUCAUCCUAGUGACUUUCGCGAAAGCUCAGAAGGAAGAGACCUGGUUCACUACGCAGAAGAGUGGACCUCUCUCAUCGGCACUGAUUCAGAAUCUCUGUUCUCAGAGUUACGCCAACAGCUUGUAACGGACAACGAGCCUCCCUGCCUCGAGUCCCCUGAGGUUCCCGAACACCCUAAGGCAUCGGAGAACGUUGCACGCCCAGGAUCCGUUGAACCUGCAAGUUCAUCAGUCUACAGUGAAACAGGUGAGCCACCCGACUCUGUUGAUAACCUCACCGAGACCCCUGGCACCCAACGCCAUUGCGAAGGAUCCCAGGACCCGAGGACUUUAACCCACCCUGGGAGCUUUGAGCGGCUACUGGAAUCAUUCCCAAAACCUCCCGGUUACAACCAAACCGUCAGGAAGCAAAGUUUCUCCCACGUUUCUUCUGACGCCCAACGAGUGCCACCGAAAGACAGUGCCCAAGCUAAUACAUCGACGCUCGCCAGCAGUCAGAUCAAACCUUCAAGCAGCUCACCCCGGAUUUCCCGAUUCUCCGAAGAUUUGGGGGACAGUAACCCGAUCGGAGAGCAAAAUCCUUCCAGCAUUUCUAUCAAGACUGAUACAUCUGCGCUCGACAACGGUGGGCUAGAAAAUACCUCAACUAGUCCUCGUGGAAUUUCCCCGCUAUCUCCUAACGACACUUCAACUGCCAUCGGCACUCGAAACAUUUCUCCUCGGACUCCUUCGGUGACCCCUAGCCUCUCUUUCAGAAAUUUACGUCUCCCCAUUGACUAUCACGAGGGACAACAAGUGAGUGUUGGAAGUUCCCACCAGGCUCAGGGGCGCGGCAAUCGGUACACAAUUUUCCCUGAAUACACCCCGCAGAUUCGUCCGAUUGGCUACGUGAUCAGAAAGCAACACUCCUUCCGCACUAUCUUCGAAGGGUGUCCCUCACCUAGAGAGUCCCCUCGGUAUUACCGGAAGUCUCCUCUUCGUAUCUCUACUCGCCCAUCGACGAUCUCUUUCAACUCGGGAAAGAAGAGCACCCCAAAGCACAAGAGAGUCCUGAAGCGUUUUGGUAAAAAGCUCAAACACCUGCUUUGUCCAACCUGCAAACGCACCUCAUCUACUCUCAAUCAUUAA